AUGCCCAACGACAGAACAACACAGUCUACUUGCCCUGGCUGUGGCCAAAAGUUCUCUCCUUCUGGGCUGUCGAAGCACCUGGCCCGAACAAGAGAUGAUCGUUGCCGACAACUGCUUGAAACCCUUGCUCCCCUGCCUCCGACCAUACACAUAGAAAGCGACAAGGAGCCUUUCGAUGGAGUCCCAGUGCAGCCUUUUGAGGGGGACUUCUUCGGCGAGUACUCCCCCAGCGAUUUCGAUCAGUUCAUCAACCCGGAAGUGGCCUCGGACUCCGAGCUUGAAGAAGAAAUUGGAGUCAUAGACCCAGAGCCUCAGACCUCAGGCCCCUUCCCACCGUCGUCCGAGGGAGUGCAGCUGUCAGGUCCGGCUGCUCAGUCCCGACAGCGACGCUCCAUUGCCGAGCACACAGUUCAAGGCCACCGGCAGACCUACGUUUGGUCGUUCCCUCUCUCAUCUGCUGCCGCACCACUUCGUCGCACUCGAGUCUCAGAAGCCCCUCGGUGGAAUCAAGGCUACGCCACCUACGAAGCUCUGAUCAAGGAGGGUGCUCCGUCGCUGAAUCCCUUUGCCCCGUUUGCUUCUCGGCUGGAUUGGGACGUUGCAAAGUGGGCGAAGACUCGAGGUUCAGGCUCUACAGCAUUUACCGACCUUCUCGCUAUUGAAGGGGUCGCACAACGGCUAGAGUUGUCCUACAAGAACUCUCGUGAGCUCAAUCAGCUCAUCGAUGAAGAACUGCCCUCUGGAAGGCCGCCUUUCCACCGACACGAGAUUGAGGUCGGUGGGGAGAAGUUCGAAGUCUUCUUCCGAGACGUUCUCCUGUGUAUCAAGGCCCUAUUUGGUGAUCCGGAGUUCGCUCCUCUCCUUCUCCUUACUCCCGAGGAGCACUACACGGACGACUCUAGACAGGAAAGGGUUUACUUCGACAUGAACACUGGGAAGUGGUGGUGGGCGCAGCAGAAGCGACUAGAGCAGUUAAAUCCAGGUGCGACUGUAAUCCCCGUGAUCAUUAGCUCGGACAAGACCCAGCUCACGCAGUUCGGAAACAAAACGGCUUACCCGGUUUACCUCACCAUCGGGAAUCUGCCGAAGUCCAUCCGUUCAAAGCCAUCUCGUCGUGGCCAGAUCUUGCUUGCCUACCUCCCGACCACCAAGCUCACUCAUAUCAAGGGCACUGCAUCUCGUCGCCGAUCCCUCGCCAACCUCUUCCACGCUUGUGUCGCUCAGGUGCUGGCCCCACUGCAGGCUGCAGGACUGGAGGGCAUACCGAUCACGAGCGGUGAUGGCAUCACUCGACGAGGCCAUCCCAUUCUUGCCAGCUACGUCGGAGACUACCCAGAACAGGUCCUAGUCACAGGAUGCAAGACGGGAGAGUGUCCGAAGUGCCCAAUCCCACGCAACGACAUUGGCGAUGAUUGCGACACCUCCUGUGCUCUCCGCGACAUAUCUCGAGUCUUUGGCGCAUUGGAUACCCUCGAUCAAGGCCCAAGGGCCUACACCAGGGCAUGCAAAGACGUUGGCAUCAAGCCGAUCUUUCACCCUUUUUGGGAGAACCUGCCUUUCUGCAACAUCUUCAUGGCGAUCACCCCGGAUAUCCUACAUCAGCUGCAUCAAGGCGUUCUCAAGCACGUCAUUCCUUGGCUUCAGACUGCCUAUGGGUCCGAAGAGAUCGACGCUCGAUGCAGCCGCCUCCCCCUCAACCACAACGCUCGACACUUUGGCAAAGGCAUCUCAAUUCUGUCUCGGGUUUCUGGCAAGGAGCACGCACACGUCUGCCGGAUCCUCCUCGGCCUCAUCAUCGACCUUCGACUCCCUGAUGGUUACUCCCCCCUUCGAGUGAUCCGUGCAACCAGGGCUAUCCUCGACGUCCUCUACCUUGCACAGUACACAACCCACUCAGCAUCGACACUACGUCUACUUCAGGAGGCACUGGAAGAGUUCCACGCCAACAAGAGCGUCUUCGUCGAUUUGGGCAUUCGUGUCGACUUCCACAUCCCCAAGCUACACGGCCUCGACCACUACGUCCUCUCCAUUGAGCUGCUUGGCACGACUGAUAACUUUGAUACUCAGUUCACCGAGAGGCUCCACAUCAUCUUGGCGAAGGACGCAUGGCGGGCUACAAACCGAAAGGAUGAACUCCCACAGAUGGCGGUGUGGGUAGAGCGUAAGGAGAAGGUUCUCCACCAUUCAAACUACGUUGAGUGGCGACUCAAGCAUCAGGAGGCGGAAUCGCAAGGGAGCAAUGCGGAAUCGCCAUCCCCUCCACCCCGCAUCCAACUCACUCAGCACCCCUCCGCCAACGUUCCUGUCGUCAAGAUUCCCUCGUUGUACCACGCCCCUUUCUUUCGGGACGCUCUCGGCCGCUUCAUUGCUCGAACGAACAACCCCACGCUUCUCCCCCGUCAAGUGGAAAAUGCGGCAGGCGGACAGUACCUCAACUUCGCUAAGCUCGGCGUCUUCAACAAGGUCAAAUUCUGGCUUAGAGACCCGCAUCAAUCCUCGGACCCAGACACCUAUACUCAGGAUGCAGCCCACGCAUCACCUACGAGGACUAGUCGCGGGAAAGUGCCGAAGGUAAUUCCAGAACGGUUUGACACCGUUCUUGUCCGCGUUGGUCCCGCCGCACAGGGCCUUCUUGGGCAAGACGGCCCCCGUCAACUUGGGGCUGCAGAUCUCCGCGUUGCGCAACUGCGUGUUAUAUUCCGUCUGCCUCCGCAAUCGACGGACCUCUUUCCUGACGUGCCCAGCUCUGACGUCCCGAAGCACCUUGCCUACGUGGAAUGGUUCACGCCCUUUGCCGCCGCCGGUCCUGAUCCCAACCACGGCCUUUACAAGGUCUCGCGAUCGCUUCGAAAUGGAUCGAGGCUUGCCGACGUCGUUCCUAUCGCCCAGAUUGAGCGAAGUUGCCAGCUCCUGCCGUGCUUCGGCCCCAUCGCUCCCCGGGAAUGGACGUCGACCAACGUGCUGGAGUCGUGCAGCACCUUCUACGUAAACUCUUUUCUUGACAAGCAUACCUACAAGCUCAUAUACUAG